AUGGGCGUCACAAGCAUGUGGGAAUAUGUGCAAAAGUUUGUACAACCUGUGAACAUAUCUGUAUUACGAAACAAACGAAUUGCUAUUGAUGGCCACACUUGGCUAUGUGAGGUACUACGUGGCUCGGUAGCACAUUGCUCAACAACUCGAAAACCAUACUUAAGUACAUUUUAUACACGUUGUCGAAGUUUAUUGGAAGAAGGUGUUGAACCUAUUGUUGUUUUCGAUGGAAUUGAUGAGGGAGAACGGACAAAUAUAGAUUAUGGGAUUUCUUCGAUGAGAAAAGUUAGGAAGCGUGGAAGCAAAUACUGGACAUCAGAGCUAAAACAAGAAAUGGUGCCAAAAGUUGAAGAAAUCAAGAUGUUGUUAAACUCGAUGGGAGUUCGCUGGAUGGAAAGUAAGUUAGAAGGUGAAGCACAAUGCGCACAGCUCGAGCAACGAGGUUUGGUUGACUUUGGUUUUGGUGGCAAGAUACAGAACAACAUUCUCCAUCUUUCCAUGGAUUACUUGGAUGAAACCUUGUGCUUGAGCAGGUCCUGUCUUAUCGCAAUGACAAUCAUGAUUGGUUGUGAUUAUGCUCAAAAAGGGAUUCCUGGUGUUGGUUUAGUUACAGCGUUAGAAAUUGUUUCUGAAUUUUAUCUCAUGAAACACGAUCAUCCUCAAGUCAUUUUGGACAGAUUUAAAUCUUAUACGACAGAAAUGCUCCCAGUGCGCGAUUAUGAUAGCAAUGUUAAACGGAAAUUACGACUUAGCGUUAAUAGAAAUUCCAUUGAUUUGCGAAAUUUCAAUCCAAACUCAGAUGCUAUGUCUAAUGCGAUCAACAUUUAUUUGAUGCCAGUUGUUAUUGAGUAUUCUCGUACACAGCUACCCAAAAAAUUGCCACCAAAUAUACAAAAAACUGAAGAAAUAUUGAUGCGUGAAUGUAACUGGAAGCCAAAUGGUGUUAACUGUACACAGAAGCUGCAAUCAGAUGCAGAGAAAGUUGAGAAGUCUGCAACGCUUACAAAAGCGGGACGUACUGUUUGCUCAAAACGUGAACGAGUUGCUAUGGAGCGUCUGCGUAUGAACGCUUUGCUUUACAAACACAGUCCUGUGAUAGAAGUGAUCUCAGUACCAUCAACUUCAGAAGAUGUGAAUCAGUUGAAUGGUGAAAGUAGUGGUAUAAUUGUCUCAUCACAGCGCGAUUCAAUUCAACGAAGUGGACGAAAAAAGGGAAAUCAUGAGAUGGGUGGUGUGCAACAACCACCGCCUAGCAAAAUUCCACGAAAAGAUGGUUUUGUUACAAAAAUAAUUCAAUCGAGGGCAUAA